CGUAUAUCCGGCGAGUUGCUGGCGGUCCCGGGAGCUGCUGGUCCGUGCGCUGUGAGGGAGGGUCGGAGCCGCCCGCCACCACCAGAGGAGACCCUCGGGCCGUGAGUCUGGGCGCCUUGGCCGGGGAGGCAGCCGGGGUAGUAAGCAUUAAUAAUGUCUUUCAUCUUUGAGUGGAUCUACAAUGGCUUCAGCAGUGUGCUCCAGUUUCUAGGACUCUACAAGAAAUCUGGGAAACUUGUAUUCUUGGGCUUGGACAAUGCGGGCAAAACUACUCUUCUUCACAUGCUCAAAGAUGACAGAUUGGGCCAGCAUGUUCCAACACUACAUCCAACAUCAGAAGAACUGACAAUUGCUGGAAUGACGUUUACCACUUUUGAUCUUGGUGGACAUGAGCAAGCACGUCGGGUUUGGAAAAAUUAUCUUCCAGCAAUCAAUGGGAUUGUCUUUCUGGUGGACUGUGCAGAUCAUUCUCGCCUCAUGGAAUCCAAAGUUGAGCUUAAUGCUUUAAUGACUGAUGAAACAAUAUCCAACGUGCCAAUCCUUAUUUUGGGAAACAAAAUUGACAGGUCAGAUGCUAUCAGUGAAGAAAAGCUCCGUGAAAUAUUUGGGCUUUAUGGACAAACCACAGGAAAGGGAAAUGUGACUCUGAAGGAGCUGAAUGCACGCCCCAUGGAGGUGUUCAUGUGCAGUGUGCUCAAGAGGCAAGGCUACGGCGAGGGCUUCCGCUGGCUUUCCCAGUAUAUUGACUGAUAUUUGGACAGUGAAAAUAAAAGAGUUUUACUUCUCUGGA